ACAGAGAGUGGCGAGAGAUCUGAGUUGCAACAGGCUGGUGUGACGCUUUGCAUGCGAGUGUGAGAGGGAAGGCUGCUCAAACCGCUCAUACAGGAGCUGCUGAGUGCUGGGAGGUCGGCCACGGUCACCUACACAGAAUCUGAGAUCCAAGUUUCAGAGAAAGACUACUAGCUCAGGCAGAACAAACACAAGGGGAAUACGAAGAAGAAGAAGAAGAAGAAGAAGAAGUCAGGACUGAGAGGGAGCAGGAGCUUGGUGCUGAGGCUGGUAUGAGAGAAGGAGGCUGUGGAGCUGUCUGGGUGUGAGUGAACACCCUCUAGUGGAGCUGCUGACCAGCUGUCCUGCAGAGCGCCUGUCUGUUUCUUACCAUCAGCAUUUCAAGAGGUCUAUGUUCCAGCAUUGAGCCGAGACCAUGUGGUGUUUGGAGCUACUUUUACCACUGCUGUUGAUCAUCAACGAUGCCAGGUGCCAGUGGAACGUUUGGGUACCUCGGGACAUCUCGGCCAUGACAAACUCCUGCGUGGUCAUCCCGUGCACAUUCAUGUAUCCGUCCGGUAUCAGGCCGUACCGUGGCACUCACGGUAUCUGGUACUUCGGCCAGCCCUACCCUCAACUCUUCCCUCCUGUUGUCUUCAAAUCACGCACAGACGUUGUGCAUGAGAGCUACAAAGGACGGACCAAGCUGCUGGGUGACCUGCACCAGAGGAACUGCACACUGCUCAUCAACAACAUCGGAGCAGAGCACUCGGGGAAAUACUACUUUCGUGCUGACCUCGGGGGAGCCAACAUGUACACGUACCCAGACUUCUCUGAGCUCAAAGUUCUGGAUCAACCCAACAUCGACGUCCCGGAGGAGAUUGUCAGCGAUGUAAGCCUGGAGCUGACGUGCUACGCUCCCGACAACUGCCCCGAGAUGACUCCAGAGAUUCAGUGGAUGUACAUCGACUACCUGCCCGACCCGGAGCUCAGCUCUGACUUCCUGGAGGAUGGCAACACGGCCGUGCUCUCCAGCACCCUCACCUUCACACCCAGACCCAUGCACAACGGGCAGCUCCUGGGCUGCAGGGUCUACUACCCCAACACCACGCUGGUCUAUGAGAGGCUCAUCUCUCUGGACAUCAAGUACUCUCCACGCUCUGUGUGGGUGAACGUGUCCUCGGAGGUGAUGGAGGGCAGCUCUGUGAUGCUGCACUGCGAGGUGGACAGUAACCCUCCUUCAAGGAUUUCCUGGAUGUUUGGAGACCAGGAGCUGCUGUGGGACACGGCGUCCAACGUCUCCCUCUCCCUAGACGAUGUGACGCCUGCACAGGAGGGAAUCUACACGUGCUACGGGGACAAUGGCUACGGCAUCAUGAACACUUCACUGUACCUGGCUGUCAAUUACCCUCCCCGCGAGCCUGUGGUAAACGACUCUAUGACGAUACUCGAGGGGUCCACGCUGGCCUUGCACUGUAGCACCCAGGGCAGCCCGGCCCCCACCCUCACCUGGCUGAAGGACGGGGAGCUGGUGGGCACCAUCACCGCCGACGAGCUGUCAGUACUGGAGAUUGUAGAGAUCACCCCCCAGGGAGACGGACAGUACCGCUGCCUGGCCGAGAACGAGCAUGGAAGAGCCAGCAGCUCCUUCAACAUCACUGUCGAGUAUGCCCCUGUCCUUCUGGAGGAGUCAAAGUGCACCGUGGUGAGGGAGGGUGUCCAGUGUGUGUGCAUUGCCACAGGAAACCCUGAACCCACCAUUGAGUUCUACCUGCCCGAUGUGAAUGUCACCAUCAACGAAACAGACGGCCGGUACAACUUCUACACACACACAGACGGACACACCUCUACGGGAAUGAUCAAGCUGCGGGAGAAAGGCGAGCGGGUAGACAACGGAGGCCCAGCCGUCAACGUCCACUGCAGCUACUUCAACACGUACGGAAGAGAGAGCGUACAACUGGAGCUGCAGCAGGAGAAAAAGUACAUGAUGGCAGUUAUAGUUGGCACUAUUGGAGGAGUGGCCGUCAUAGCAUUCAUCAUUGCAGCUGUGAGAUACGUUGGCCACAACAACAAGAAAGAGAAUGGCACCCCUAGGCAGGACGUGGUCCUGGAGAACCCAGCUUUGUACUACAGCGCAGUCAAGAAGGACAAACAAAAUCUGAGGAAGAAAGUGCUUAAGACAGAGCUGUUGGGCUCAAAGUUUAACUCCAUUCUAGAGGAAACUACGGGAGAAGACGGGGAUUAUCAACCUGUGGGCUCUUUGGCAGGACUGGAGAGGCAAGAGCUGAAUUACGCCGCUCUGGAGUUUAUCGGGGCCAGGUCCAGGGAAGGGGCCUCAGGGAGGGGGGAUGAUGACAGCAACUACACGGAAAUCAAAGCCAAAUGAAUCGCGAUCCUUCCCUGAUCCCUCGGCUAAGCGAGACGCAGUGGCAGCCCCAAUAAACUGUUAAAUAACCCCCCCGUCGUCAACUGGAUUUCACCCUGCAUAUGAUGGCUCCUUGUUUCACAUUUCUUCAGAUCUGUCACCCCUAAAGCACCACUAGAUGCCACUACUCCCCCCUCAUGCUGUCCCUCCUCCAUUGGACCCCCCCCUUCACAUGCCUCAUUCGGGAAUACUGGUACUUUGGGUUGGAGCAUUUCCCACUGGACAAUGAAAACAAAUUACUUACAUUUCUGGCCUCAGUUGUUGUUCAUGGGCUCUUAAACAUGCAGUGUUAGACAGCAGCUUCGCUUUUGUUGCUUUCUCCAUGUUCUUCAUUGUGUUUUUUUAAACAAAAGACAUCUGAGUGCUUGCAUCUGUCCCACUAUCUGCUCUACAUCUGUCUCUUAUAUCUGUCACUGUGUCUGCUGCCAGUUGAAGCAUCAGGGCAAGGAGUAACGUUGCUUUUUGUUCUCUUAUAUUUAUGUGUGUCUAUCAGCAGAGAGCAAACCUCUCUUCCCUCUUUCCUUUGGUUAAAUGACAUCCUAAGUGUAAGACUCAGUAGCCUCUCAUAAUAAAUGAAACAAAAGUCACCAUCACUUUUGACAAUAAUUGAAGAGGUUUUGUAAAUUCGAAUGGUUCAUUUUCCAGUUCUGAGAAAUGUCACAGCUUUUUUCCGGCUUUAUUUUAUAGUAAACUGUAGGAUUGUUGAUGUUUUGGGGGAUUUUCCUGCACUGUGGCCAAUGUAAGACUUCUUUGUCGUCUGCAACUUGUUCUCCCUAAAGCACAAAAUAUUUGAGCGCAAGUGGCCAAAGUGUUAUCUCUUUUAGACAAUGUGUGUGGGUAUGCGUGUGUGUGUUCAAAUCGUGCUCAAAGCUCAUAGGACACUGAUCAUUGAUGACUGGGGUCUUUGGGAGGUUUUUUUAGCAUUGCUUCACUUGAGAAGUUGAUGCUUUAUUCUCACAGGGUUGCAUCAAAUGUUUGAAUGACACAGAUGAUUUGCCAGCUGUUUAUGCUAUUCAAAGGCAUUUGAUGAACCUGUGAUGUAAUAUCAAAGCCUACUAAUAGUCUAACUUUAUAAUGAUGGUAUCAAUAAUAUAUAUUAAUAAGAUGUAUAGCUAGAGAAUGGAAGCCAGUAUGUACAGUAAAUACCCUGCAUGACUGUCCUUCUUGCAGGCAUUAAGUUAUUAAAUGAUGGAUAAAAGCCAGUUUGAAAAGUAAAAAUACUCCUAUCACACAUCAUUCACAUGCGCUUGACUCAACAUUGUCUUAAUAAAUACUAUCAAGCUCUAACUAGUGUGCACUAUAGUCAAAUCAGAGGCUGCGUUUACAUGCAGGAAGUGACCUUGUUGUUGACGGGGAUUGAGGAUCAAUUUAAAGUAUAAUAGCUGCUGUAUUUAAUGAAUUGUUUCUUUAAACCUUAAAAGGAAACUCCAGAUCAAUCAAAUCAAAGCAGCAGAGGCCGAUAUAGCUUUGUAUUUCAUAGAAUAGUAUUUCAUAGGAUUGGGUCAAGUUCCAAACCAAAUGCAUCCUACAUUACCCACAAUGCACCAACAUCUUUUAUUUAGAUCCAUCCUGCCUGCUAAAUGUCUUUCAAACUCCAUACGUCUAGUUUGUAACACCGUUUUUUUCACACAUCUCAAAAGUUUAUCAGUUCAGCAUCAUAUGAUGAUAUUACAUUUUUCACAGGCUGAGUUGCACUGCCGAUGAUAUAAAUACAUUUCUUGUGAAUCCGAUAGUCGGUGCAGUUCCCCUUCAAUGUGUAAAGAGAAUGAAGCCACCUAAGUCCUUUCCCCCGUCUUUCUCACAAAAGUGCAAAACAAUUACUCAACACAAAUUAUACUCUAACUUGGUCACUGCCUUUUUAGGUAAAACAAUUAGUAAAAAUGAAAUUAAUACCUACAGUGUAUUGUAUGGUGUAUGCUUUAUAAAUGUGUGUCAAGAUAUACAAUUUGAUCAACUGAAUCAGUCAUGUAAACAUUUACGAUGUCAGUUUUUUCUGCAAGAAAAUGAUAAAAUACCGAAAGUAAUGACCAUAGUUUUAAUUUCCCAAAUCAUCUGCUACAGUAUGGAACCUGUCCCCUGAUUCUUCCUCCUUAAAAUACAUUACACUGUUUGUACUGAUGUGGAUUGAAGGGGAACGUAAAAUCUAGCUAGAGAUGUGCUAUGAUCUCUUUUUGAAGAUUGAAAGUACUUUUGAUACUCAUGCUCUGCCUAAGGCUUUACAAAUGUAUGUUAUGAAACAUCGCCGCACUGUGGCAGUCUCAUUUGUAAUGAUGGAUUUAGUUCAUCAAGGCAGCAGCGUGUCUCUGUGAGCUAAUUGGUUUUACAAUCAAAAUACAGCCAAGGCCUCUCACUGUGGUAACUGCAUUAUAGACUGUUCAUAAGCAGCAGUGGCAAUAUAAAAACGAAAUCACACUACCAGGAGUACUUUAGGUUUGAGCUGUUCACACAUAAAUCUCCUGCUGCAAAAAGUUUGAAUACACCAUAGUGAUGAAUCCUCAGUCCCUCAAUGGCACAGGGCAAACACAUAUUAGGAGAAAUGAAUAGAAUAUUUUUUGUGAUAUCAUGCCCAUAAUGCUGUGCGACAUAUCCACCACUAUUUUAUUACUCUCAUAAUAGUAACUGCUGUAAUAAUAUUUUGAAAUGAAUUCCUUGGUCGUAUCCUGCAUCAAGUCAUAUUGGUAAUGAAACGAAACAUGGUGCACACAAAUCAGCUAAAGUUCGGUUUGAUUUGAUUAAAAACUCCAAAAUGUUUAAAAGAAAUGCAGUUCUCUGUGCAUGUAAACAAAGCUUUUGUCUACCACCCAUUCUGACUCACAUUAGCCUUUAUUAAGACAUUGUUCUGUCGACUCAAGGAUGGAUAUGCUGGCUAGUAUUCUUAUAUUGCCUGUAGCUACAAAGACAAUAACCAGUAUAUCUUGUUGAAAGUUUUACAGAGUUCUUUUUCAUUUUAUUUAUCUGAAAAAGUAAAAAUAUGAAAUGUGUCUUUCCUAAUCUUUUGUCACGGUGUGUUGUAUAGCAGAUUUGUAUACCCUAUACUUUGUGGUGAUCAUAAUUAUCAUGAUUGGGAUUUUUUCUUCUACAAAUAUGAUAAUAAUAAUUCAGGUCAGAGUUUUGAACUGUUACUUAAUAACAGUAGGAUUUCUGCAAUGAUGUAGUUUGUUUGCUCUUUUAUUUUAAACAUAUACUUCACGCCUCAAGCAAAUCCAUAUGUCUUCAGUUCUACCCAAACAUAAACAAAAUAAAAACAACAACAACUGGAGACAGUUGUCCGUUUCUCAUGCUGUC